AUGAUCAAUGUACCGGAGAAGCUAUCUCUUACUCUGGUGAUGACGAAGAUUGUUAUACGAUCCUUGGCGCCGGCGGUGCUGGACUCUAACUCUUGGCUUCAGAUGCUGACGCUGAAUGCCCCGCUGGCCAAGAGGUCGACACCUUCAAAUCCAGAUAAAGACCAGACCGGAACGAACUGGAAGCCUCUAAACGGAGACCCUGGUUCGUUUCAGUUUUUCAAGGUUUGA